UGUCCGCUCAAUGGCAAAACGGAAGUGUCUUUGUUUUUAAACUGUUAGUUAGUCGUAAAUUGUGGACAGAUUGCCAACGUUAGCAUUACUUUAAUUAAAUCAGAAACAUUUGUUAGUUUGAGUACGUGGUUCAUAGAUAAUUUCAGUUUUGAAUCCUUAAUGUUACAAUUGUAUUUUUGUUUACAAAAGCAACAUGUGUUCGUUAAUACUGAGUCUGAAGACAGCUCAGCUAGCAAGAUUGCAGCAGGUGAGAUUCCGUCAGUGCUGUGUUGUGCAAACAUUUAAACAAGCGCACACCAGCAACACGUCCUUACAAAGUGCACUGGAACCAAGGAAACAGAAACCAGAAACUUCCUUCUGCUCGGUUCGACUGAACAGUCUGCAACACGUACCGAGGAAAAGUAUUUCAAUUGAGAACACACUGCGAAAUAAAGGGAAUCACGACAGAAAAGACCAUGCAACCGGGGAGGUGGCUGUGCACAGACGACAAGGUGACCCUACACUGUCAACUGCGCAGAAAGUUAAAGAGGCUGGGAAGGACUUUACGUAUUUAAUAGUGGUUCUUGUUGGGAUUGGCGUUACAGGUGGCUUGUUGUAUGUUGUUUUUAAGGAGCUUUUUUCAUCAUCCAGUCCAAGCAAAAUCUAUGGUGAUGCUUUAGAGAAAUGCAGAUCACAUCCAGAGGUUGUCGGAGUCUUUGGAGAGCCUAUUAAAGGUUAUGGUGAGACAACACGUCGAGGCAGAAGGCAGCAUGUCAGUCAUGUAGAAUACGUGAAAGAUGGGCUGAAGCACAUGCGACUGAAGUUUUACAUUGAAGGUUCAGAACCAAGAAUACAAGGAACUGUGCAUUUGGAAGUUAAAGAGAACCCUGAAACUGGAAAAUAUGAAUUUCGCUUUAUAUUUGUGGACAUUGAUACAUAUCCAAGAAGAACAAUUGUCAUUGAAGACAACAGAUGAUAUUCUGCAGAAAGAAAAUCUUUUAUUCAGACAAACCAUGCUGCCUUUUUAAAGCAGUGCUUGUGGAAAAGUGAGUUUAUACUACAUUUUGAAGACAAUGUUGCUUUACCUUUCAUGAGAUGUCUAACUUUGCAUCUGGAACUGAAUACUUUGAGA